AAACGUAUACAAAUAAACGGAGAAACAUUUGAAAAGAUAGUGCAAGUAGGUUAGUGAAUCCGCAGUAAAUUAUUAACUUUACUCAUUAAACCAAAGGUGCUUUUAGAUAAUCACAUCAUGCAGUGUUACCUCCACCACAGCUGGUGGCGUAAAGCGGACGGUGUCGAUGCCAUUAAACCAGAGAAGAAGAAACGGGGCAAACAUGGCAGCCUACACGAGAAGCGUGAUUUGUCUUGUUUCCAUGGAGCGAAGUCAUCUUCUGUCAAGGCGGAGCGGUGUUAUUGUGGAAUCGAAGCGGUACGUGCGCGGACUGAGGAGGAAACCUGUCCGAGUGCUGAUGCCCGAAGACGUGACGGACAAAGUGAUCAGGCCGCCGCCAGCAGCGCGCGACGCCCAGGGGCAGAAGCCGGGGAAAGAAGUAGUUCCGAUGAAGCAUCAUGAAGAGGGCUCCUUUAAGGCGAAGAGCAACGUGCAUUUGACUGUGAAAAACGCUGUUCAAAACGAUCUGGUUGAUGGGCUUCGCUUCGAGAGGGCUUUGCCCGGAGAUAAACGACUGGCGCGGCUAGUGAGUGUUGCUCGCUCAAGGACCUUUCGGGAGCACCAGGGUAAAAUCCUCCUGGAGGGCAGGCGCUUGAUCUGUGACGCCCUGGAUGCUGGAGCAAACCCGCAGAUGGUGUUCUUCAGCACCGUGGAUCGACUCCGAGAGCUGCCUUUGGACAAGCUGAAAAGGGCCACGCUAGUCAAAGUCAAGUUUGAGGAAAUCAAGAUCUGGUCAGACCUUGUGGCCCCACAAGGGGUGAUCGCCAUAUUUUCUCGUCCGGACCCAUCGCGAUUGGACUUUGGUAAUAAAGGUCAUUCAGUGCCGUUGUCCUUGAUAUGCGACAACAUACGAGAUCCCGGCAACCUCGGGACUAUGUUACGAUGUGCUGCCGCUGCUGGCUGCCAUAAUGUCCUACUCACAAAAGGUUGCGUUGACGCUUGGGAGCCGAAAGUCCUGCGUGCAGCAAUGGGCGCCCAUUUCCGCCUACCCAUCUAUCCCAGCUUGGGCUGGGAUGACGUGGAAAAACAUCUCCCUAAACCAGUCACUGUGCAUGUGGCAGACAGCAGCUGUGGCCCCGACGGCAGCAGAGAACCGGAGAAUUCACAAGUUAACGAGUCUCAUAAACCCUUCAAAGCUGGAGACUAUGGCUGGGUCAGCACGAAGCCCAAUCCAAAGAACACGCGCUACGAGGAAUACGAAUCGGAUUCGGACUCUGAUUGGGAGGGAGGGCGACUUUCCCUUCCAAACGUGGACGCCAAGCUGUACCACGAGAGCUGGGCGCAGAGUCCCACUGCUCUGGUGAUCGGCGGAGAGACGCACGGCUUGAGUGUAGAAGCAGUGGAGUUGGCCGAGAGAACCGCCGGCCGCAGGCUCUUUAUUCCUGUUGUUCCUUUGGUGGACAGCUUGAAUUCAGCCAUGGCUGCCAGUAUCCUUUUAUUUGAGGGCAGGAAGCAGCUGUUGAAACUGAUGCAGGCACCUGGAGGGCAAUGGAAAUCUAAAGCUGGGGAGCAGUUCUCGUGAUGUUUGGCUUGUGAUAACAGUGUGGUACUUGUGUAAAUGUCCAUUUGUCCUGCUAACAGGAAACUACUGGACUUCAAUUAAUGAUGUGAAAUAGUCCUAUUUCAAGUAGAGAGUUUGCGUGUAUGGAUUCAGGAAUUCACCAUUUAUUCAUCUGAAAAGGUUGCCAGUAAAACGUCAGAACUGGUCAUUGGAAUGUCUUGAGCUCAGUUAUAUCUUCAAAUUUCAUCCAAUAGUCUCCCCCCAAACCCAUAUACCAGAUGACAACCCAAAGCUGAGGGAAAAUAUACAAUAAAUCUCACUAUAAAAGGCAAUAAGUUCUUUGUGCUCAUUGAAAAAAAGGAAUAGCCCUAGAGGCAUGCUCUUAAUGAAUAAUAAUUCUAGUAAGGACAAGGUCUAGACAAGUCCAUCAUACUCUUGCAGCCCAUGCAAAUAUACACGAGUCAACAAACCUCCAUCCCCACCUGCACAUUGACAAAAAUGAUCUGUAUACUGUACCAUGAUAAAUACAGCAUUUGCAUUUCUAACAAAUAUGGGGUCAUUGCAGUGUUUGUGCUUUACAUAUCCAAGCUCUAACUUUAUUGAUGGAACAAAACGUUGUGCUUGCCAGUGAAUUUUAAUGGGUGUGAGAAUUAAUGACUAAACAAUACAGGGAUUUAUACAUUCAACUCUUUUCAAAUGCCAUUUCUAUGCCUUCAGAAAUAACCUGGUCUUAACAUCAUGGGACCUUCACAGAAAAUCCUCA